AUGUGCCUGACCUCGAUGGAUGGCUGCUUCCAAAGCGUCCAGGCCCACGCCCCGGGUGUAGUCAGCGGACACAAACUGGGUCCAAGAUGUCGUACUGACGAGUGUCCAUUCCAACCACCUGAGAGCGAGUUCGGCUCCCACCACUACGCCUCCCCCCUGGCGCGACGAGGACAGGAGUUUUUUAAAAGGAAUGUGAUCGAUCGAAAGCCAUAUCCAGAAGACGAGAACCUGGUGGAGGUGAAGUUUGCCACGACUCCGGUGAUGUCCACGUACCUCGUGGCCUUCGUCAUCGGGGAGUAUGACUUUGUGGAGAGCCAGUCCUCAGACGGAAUCACGGUCCGGGUCUACACUCCGGUGGGGAAGGCCGAGCAGGGCAAGUUUGCACUGGAGGUUGCUACCAAGACGUUACCUUUCUACAAAGACUAUUUUGACGUUCCUUAUCCUUUGCCUAAGAUUGACCUCAUAGCUAUUGCCGAUUUUGCUGCUGGUGCUAUGGAGAACUGGGGCCUUGUCACAUACAGGUAA